AUGGCUUUAAUUGAUGUCAAGAUAAAUGAAAUGGCUAACAAAGUUACUGAAUUUGGAAUGGUAAAAGCCUCCAUGAGCGUUGCGCAAUUUGAAGGAUCUGUUUUUGGAUCGUUUCCCAUAAGCAGUGGAGUGAAACAAGGAUGUGUUUUGGCGCCAACACUCUUUGGUAUCUUCUUUUCUGUAGUCCUUGCUACUGUUUUCGAUACCACGAAAGAUGGAGUAUACAUCUACUGUAGAAAACGCAUUCUUGUUAGAGAGCUGUUGUUUGCAGAUGCUGCUGCUCUAGUAUCUCACCCAUCGGAGGGACUGCAAAAUCUCAUUGAUGCCUUGAUUAAUGCAUGUCGAAAAUUUGGGCUUUCCAUAAGACUUUCUAAAACUGAAAUACUUGCCCAAGGUAGAAACGAAUUACCGGCGGGGAUCUUUUUUGCAUUCGAACCCGGACACUGCAUCAACAAUGCCAGACGAAUUGCAAAGGCCUCAGGAGUCAUGGCAAAACAUUCAAACCAUGUUUGGGAAAAUACCAAACUCACUACAGCUAACAAAAUACUUGUCUACAGCACGUGUAUUUUGAGUACCUUGCUCUAUAGUAGAGCAUAA